GUUCAGGAGCCGCUUGACUGAAGGAAACCGUUGUCUGCCUCCGCCCGGGACGGCAGCUUAAAGCGGAGAGGCGACUUUACUUUAACAUUAAUGAAGGCGUUCGCUUACAUUUUCUGACGGACAUAUAUAUUUUCUCAACUAUUACAAACUUUCAGAAUAAGGAGAUUUUUGACAGGAAGCAGCGACUCCUUCAGCGAUACUCAGUUUGGGACAUUUUUGAGCGAUGUUUGACAAGCAGCACUACGAGAGUCCACCUGUCUACAGUCCUCCUUUCAGCUCGCCAUCCAACAACGGCUUUGGCCCUCCAGGAAGCUUCCAUGGCCCUCAGAGCGACUACAAUGCAAACCCACCUCCACCGGGAUCUUACUACAUUGAGGACAAACCGCAGCACUUCUACAAAUGGCUGUCACCUCCGGGAAUCAUCAAGGCCAUGCUGGCUACAGUGAUUGUGUUGUGUGUGGCAAUAUUUGCCUGCGUGGCCUCCACCCUCAUGUGGGACAUGCAGUAUGGAAUGGGCAUGGGCAUGGGCUAUGGCAGUGGAUACGGUGGCGGUGGAUACGGUGGCGGUGGAUACGGUGGCGGUAGCUACGGCUCAGGAUACGGUGGUUAUGGAGGAGGUUAUGGAGGAGGUUAUGGAGGAGGUUAUGGAGGAGGCUACGGCAACAGCUAUGGCUCCUACAUCUCACCUUACUCAGCCAAAACCGCCAUGAUUGCCAUGGCAGCCAUUAACUUCAUAGGGGCACUGUCGUUCUUCAUUACCAGCUUCUCUAAAUCCAACAUGGUCCGCACUAGGAAGUUCUUUUUGGCCCUCAUGAUAACCAGCAUCAUCAUGGCUAUCCUGCAGGGUAUCAUCAGCAUCGUCUACAUUGUUGGGGUGAACCCCAUGGCCCAAGGCACCUCCAGUAUGAUGUACAAUCCAAUGUUAAUGAUGUGCCAGAACCUCUACCAGACCAGCUACUCACAGAUGGGAGGAGUGGGAGGCUUCCCCAUUUACAACCAGUAUCUCUACCAUUACUGCUUUGUUGACCCACAGGAGGGAAUUGCCAUGGUGUGUGGAUUCCUGGUUGUCAUUGCCUUUGGUGUUGCGGCUUUCUUUGCACACAAAACAAGAGGGAAGAUCUGGCGCUACGGGAAACCAAAUAUCUACUGGGAAGAACCUCUUGUUGGCGGGAAGGCCUCAGAGGGCAGAGACGUAGAGGAAUGGGUGAACAAUGUGGAGGAAAGCCGCAGUGUUCAAGACGCCCCAACCCUGCUGUUGUCAGAGAAGGGAGCCGGGCUGCUCAGCGCCUCAGCGAACAGUGUCAUCUCCUACCCUCCGGCCAAGGUGGACAGCAGCUCCUAUAAUGAGGACACCUACGACAACAAAGAGUACUCAGAGAGGACCACCAGCAGACCAUCAGAAGCCUUCUCCCAUGGUGGAAGAACCAGCUCCAGCCCGUCAGAGGAGACUGGCGGGGGUCGCAAACCCUCCGCCAACAGGGGCAAGAGACGCAGGCGUAACCCGGAGCUGGAUGAGUCUCAGUAUGAGACAGAGUACACCACCGGAGGAGAAACAGGCAAUGAACUAGACGGAGAAGAGUGGGAGAAUACGUACCCAGAUAUAACAUCUGAUGCUCAGCGUCAAGACUAUAAGAGAGAGUUUGAUAUGGACCUUAGGCAAUACAAGCGCCUGUGUACUGAGAUGGACGACAUUAAUGACCAGAUGAACAAACUCAGCCGGCAGCUGGACACACUUGAUGAGACCUCUGCCAAAUACCAGGCUGCGGCAGAAGAAUAUAAUCAGUUGAAGGAUCUGAAGCAGACAUCAGACUACAGGUCUAAGAAGAAGGAGUGUCGCAGGCUGAGACACAAGCUGUUCCACCUCAAACGCAUGGUGAAGGACUACGACAAGAACCACUGAUGAACCCACUGAGACCUGACACUCACAGGCACACGGGCCAAGAUACACUCCAAAAUACUACAAAGACUGUGACAUGCCAAGACCAAAGUUACCUUCACAGAAUCAACACACACUGGAUAACCCCCCCCCACACACACACACACACACGCUCACACACACACAUAGGGAACAUCAGUUAUGAAUAAAUAUCUACUUCUUUUAGAAGAAAAUGGAAGCAGGGCGCUCAGCUGUAGCCACUUCCACAGCAAACACUGCCUGUUCUCUAAGGAUUCAGCAUCAUUGUUUGCAAUGUUCAGUCACUUGUGGGGAUCAGAGGGUGUGGUUUGGAUAAAUGUCAUUUACAAGUCACCUGACCUCUAGUCACCUGUGAUAACACUGUGCUAUGUUUCUGCGGCUGUGUUUGCUCUCCAACUUUUCUGUCUUAUCUCCACAGAUAAGAAGUGGAACAGUAUUGUAGAGAACGUAGGAAUGGUUGAGACGGGCUGCUGUUAUUGUUGUGCAAGCAAAUAUGAAACUCCUUUAACCCUUGACAUAGCGUUAUCUUUGUCACAUAUGAACUUUAGUUCUUCUUUUUCUCAUCUUGUGCUUCAGUAUUUGUAGCUAACUUCAAUAUCAGUAAAGCAAACUACUCUCUGCUGGGACCAUGUGUUUUUACUGGCUUUUUUUUGUUGUCUAAACCAAGAUUUUAAUAUUGAUUUUCAUUGUUGAGUGAGACCAAAAAGGGGACAAACUGGCCAGUGAGAUAUGUGAGACAUCGUUGUAUUAUAUAUACUUUUAAUGAAUCCUGUUCAUACUACUACCAAGAACAAAUGUACAGUAUCUGUCUAUUAGGUUCAGCAGAUAUUUUAGUUCUGUUAUUUGUACAUACUAAAGACCCAUAGUGGCUUGUUUUUUAAUCAUUCAAAAUAUGCUUAAACUAUGCAAAUGAGUAACAGAAACCAAACUACUUUAUAUUAUUUUUUUUUUGAUGCAAACUCCUCAACAAACUGGAAAACACUGUUUAUAUCACUGUCUAUAUGCUACGCUCAUCUUUUCAUUUGAUUCUUUGCCAAUGAAAAACGAUCAUCUGCUGAUUCCAUGUGUGGUAAUUUUUUUGUAUUAAUCCACUUUUUGUGCAAAGUGUUAGAUCUAGUGGAUGUUAUAAUUAUUCAGACACACCUUUGAUUUCUCAUGCAUUUGUAUUUUUACGAAGAACAAUGUUGUUAUUUUACAAUCCAUUUGCGAGCCAUUUAUUUUUGUAUGAAUUUAUUUUCUUCGAUGCUAUUAUAAGACCAUCUUUUGUAACUGUAUACUUCCAUAAGGUAUGAUGUCUAAAAAGUACUGAGUUCAAUGAUAAUAAACAUUUCUAAUUC